AUGGCAUCGAUGGAUGCUCUGGGUGCCUUCUCCCACCUGACCAACAACCUUCCCCUAUGGAUCAACCGCGUGUCGGAACUCACAACCCAUACUGCCGCCAAACACACCGAAUACACCGAAGCUUUUCGACGACACGCAGCUUUUAAGCCCCGCCGUCGAAAGAACAGUUCCGUAUGCUCCAUCCACACCGAAGAUCUCAUCCCCAUCGCCCAGCGCAAAAGCCCCAACCCAGAGGCUGUUGACCAGGCGACAAGAGACGCACGUCAGCCGGCCCAGCGAAGUGGCCGCAAACGUGGCCCAGACGAAGCCCCGUCCAUCGACUCCAGCGAUCGACACGCUUUCGUCAGCACAAGGCACAAUGUCAUCAUUGAGUACGACGGUCACACGCAAAAGGUGCUCGAGGAGAUCGUGCGGGAUAUUGGAAUCGCCAGGAAUCACAUGCGACGGGGCAAAAUGUCGACGAUGCCGCGAACCGGGCUCCGUUCCGGUCUGCUCAGCAAGAGUGCGAACCUGAACAUGAAAUUAGGAGUCAAACAGGACGAAGCAUCCCCGCUGUCGUGUGUUCGUAGCACGCGGACCGGACCUGGCGUGGUGGGUGUCACUGGGACGACGGGGGCUCGGAAGGAGUCCUCCUUUGACUUUACCGACAAACAGCUCGAGCUGGCCCACGGGCUCUGCGAGACCGCAGCAUACCAGGUCCUUCGAUCCGGUGACUGUGGCACAGAACUCGAUGGCGUGGAGGAAAAGCUGAAGAUAGUGUUGGAUAUAGCCAACAACGAGGUCGAGCGUCUCAAAGCAGAGAAGCAACAACAACAGGAGCAGCAGCAACACGAGGCAACGAAACAACCAACUGAGGAGACCCCGGCGAAACCACCUCCCACCCCAACCGCAGCAAGACUGGCUCGGGUGGCAGCGAUUGCCAACAAGCCCUCGACAGCCGCGACCGGCACUAUCGAAGUCGACGACACCUCAUCCAUCUCGGCCGAAUCCAUUGACCUGUCUGCAUUUCGGUCAUCCCGGAUCCGAGUCUGA